AUGCCUGUAGGAGGACAGGGAGACCGAGCUGUAUAUGGCCAUGUUGGCCAUCCCCAGAAUAUGACUGCACUUCUUGACACCAUCACCAAACUUAAGCAAGACAUUGCUCAGAGUCAUGCAGAAAAACAGAAUUUAGCAGAACAAAUGAAUGUUCUUAUUACUCUUGUGAAGAGAUCUUGGAGUGGAGAUUACAACGCUUCUUUACACCUUGGAAAUAUUAUUGGUCUACAGCCUCCUGAUUUUAUGCAAUCAUCUCAGGAUGGGAAACGCACAACCAAUACACCCAUCCCAGAGAUAAAGGAGAAAGUUGUGAGAACCUGGGAGAGGCUUGCUAUCAAGUUACUUGACAGAGAGUAUGCUCAGAUUCAAGAAGAAAUCCAAGUUCGCCAACAAACUUACAUGCGUAACCGACAACUUUACAUGGAUGAGGUGUUACAGAACCAUGAACACGACAUGGCAAAAACUGUCACCCCACUCCGCACCAAAAAAACAUACGAGGAAGUGGACAAACAGUUUCUCAAAACUGUCGGAGGAGGAAAUAACCGCCAAACCCGUCCUACAAGUGGUAACAGCACACGGGGGAGAAUCAGAUCUGCCCAGAAACAACAGAGAACAAUGAAAGAGAACAAUCCAGACAUGACUUUGAAUGACCUAUUUGUGCAACCAACUGGGGACAGGAACAAAACUAAUUCAGCCUUUUCUGGAUUGUACCAUUUAGAGAAUGGUCGUGAUAAUAGAAACAAAAACAGAGCUCCGUAUGAUGAUCCGUACCGAUAUAAACAGACAAAUCUGUUUGACCUGGACGCUGUGUUUGGUCCAGAUAAUGGAGUGAAGAAACCUCGUCCUACCAGUGCGUUCACAGCUACAACCAACAAAGAAAAAACCAGCCAGAAACCAAGGCCUAAGAGUGCCAGUGUGUUUGUUACCCAGCUACAUGACCGGCCACUGAAAUAUGAAGUGACACAUCCUGUGAGCAACAAACCCACUUCAGCAAAGAAGAAACCAGCACAGAAACCAAGACUAAAGUCUGCCAGUGUACCAACAAUGAAUGUGAUUAAAGAACAAUCAGGGGAGGAAACUCUCUCCAAGGAAAAUGAUACGGAAUCUCAAUCUGGCGAUCAGCAAUCACAUGACUCCCCACCCAGUGCACCAGUGGCAACACCUGUUCCAGAUAUUCACAAUAACUUGGAUAUAAAUUCAGAAUCAGACUUUAAUCAAGAGGGCAAUAAUGUGUCUAAUGAAGAUGAACCUGACAGUCCUGGUGAACAAGGGUACAGAUACAGUAGCGACUCGUCAGAUGAAGAACCACCCGAGGACCACAUAGGACAGCAACUUAGGAUCCGCGUGGACUCGGCUACCAACAAACCAAAAAGUGUAACCAAGUUUGUAGCAGACAUGAAAGUCAUGGCAAACAUGGAAAAAGAUUUCAAAAAGUCUGCUGAACAGUUACAGAAACGACUCGGAAUAGACGAGAUGGGCAUGAUCAAGUGA